CAAGGUCUAAACAUUAAAAUUUAGACAGUGAAUUAUCGUAGGAUGAAAAAUUAUGGUCCAAAUUGAUUCUGGAGGCCCUUUUUUGUAUUGCUAAUUCGAUACUUGAAGUUUGCAUUGAUUUGCGUCAUUGUCUUUCCUUAGAUGACGAGAGAACAUUCUUCUGUCGUAUGAACACAUCGCGUAACAUGCGGCGGAAGGACCACUGCACCGACAACAAGAUGGUCCGUAUUAAAGGUCGGUUCAGGAUCCUGUGGUCCGGGUGUUGCUACAGCUGGAACCAGGUCGAGCCCGUCUUCACUGCCGUCUGCAGCCCCGUGGAGACCCUCACGCCCAUCUCGGACGAGAUGGUGCCGCUCAAGACCUCCAUGUUCACUACGGAGCACGGCAUGGAUAUGGUGCUGUACGACGCCUCGUCCAACGUGUUUUUCCACCUGGGUUACGAAGUGAGUGAGGUGUGCGGGAUGUCAUGGUACGCGAUGGUACAUCCGGACUACCUCGAAACGGCCAGGAAGUACCAUCAACAAAUGCUUCAGCCGAGUAUUGGAACAGCGGCCAGUCGUUGCGCCUUCGUCUUACGCCUCCUUCGCAAGGACUCGGGCUGGGUGACGGUCAGCGUUACGGCCUGGCUAGACCGGGACAGUACGGUCAACCAUUCCGCUGUCAUCAUGUGCCAAAACCUGGUCAUUAGAGAAGACGAGAUUGCUAUGUACGAGUCCCAAGCUCUUCAUGAGUCCCUCGCCCGCCGGUCCGCUUGUCUGGUGUCACCAAGCCCCGCCUCGGCCUCGGGCUCCAGCGAGCGAUACAGCUGCAGUACGGGAGAUGAUGGCUCGUCACCCUGGCCAGACGCCUACCUACGACCCGAGGCAGCACCGCCUUGCCCUGCCGACUCCACGCCGGUGUACGGCUACGAUGUACUGGGAGGUCAGACCCAGCGGUCGGUUCAACCGUACCGGGGAGAAACCGUCCCGUAUCACUACUUAGACGACAGAGGUGGAGGAACCGAAUGGGGGUACGAUGGCGGUUGCUACUACCAAGGAACUCAAUUUAACAACUCCGCAUGUCAAGCGAGUGGGGGUUGGGAGUCCCGCCAGCUUACCGGGAGGGAGUUUUAUCAAGGGCCCGGGCAAUACGGGCCUUACUCGUCCGUACUGGUCGGGCCGGCUCGAACCAGUCAGUCUCUACGGUCCUCAACCUGCUCUCGCAACAAAGAGUGCCUCGUGGAAAGGUGUAACGGGAACAUGGUUGCCUCGAGUCGAAAUCAUACCGCUGCUACUCUUAGCAGCGAUCCCUGUCCCGCUCUGAAGAGGGCGGUUCUCGAAUGGGCAAGGCGCUUGAAAGCCAAGAGGCAAGGCGCAGCGACGCGUUUGUCACCCGGGAAUGACUACGACAAAGGCCGCAAAAGGUCAUUCCGGGAUACUGUGCCCGUGACACAAGGCCCGUACAAAGCCGAGGCGGACUACGCACCGUGUGGAGGUAGCUUCACUGCUUCACCCUCGAAACAUCGACCGGACAGUUCCUACAAAGCUCCAGAACCUAACCAACCGCACAUCAAUGAAUACCCUAACGCGAAAAUACCCGAAGACGUAACCAGCGCAAAUGUACGGUAUGUGACAUCUUGGGCUGGGCUAGAGCGGGAGCGCAUGUGGUGGUCGGAUUCAGGGGCAGGUGGGGUGCACCAAGUCAGCGUACCGGACAGUAUCCUCACCCCGGAGUCUUCCCCGACCCACGGCGAUACCUCCCCGGGGAAGCCCGGGCCCGCGGGGUCCGGUGCGCACGCUGCCUCCCCGGACGCCGGUGGACUGGCCCGCGGUACGCGGCAGCAGAACGAGCGGCUGGUAUCUGACGAGGAAUCUGAACCGGUUGUCGGUACCCUGGAGGCAGCGGUGGGCAAGGCAUUGUGCGCUCUGUCAUCGGACGAACUUAGACUCCUUGACCAGGCAACACUGUCACUACUGUAUCAGAAUACUCCCAUCCGGCAACCCGCCUUCCCUAAAAGGACACUGGCCAGCUCCGAUGAUGAGUAGAAUUGCACUGAACACAAUCCAAUGAACAGUGUUUAGGAUAAACAAAACUCACUCUUAGUUUGUUGCUGCUUUGAGAAAAGAUGAUAACAAUACGAUUAAUGUUUGUGCAUCUUUUGUUUGCACUUGAAAGUGUCAUUUAUUUGUGUCAAGAUAAGCCGAAUCGAAUUAUAUUUAAUCAAUUUAAUUGAUAAAGACGUUAACAGUGUGUAUUUUGUUUAUGAAAUAAUCGUAGUGUUUUGGGUAAUUGGUUUAGAAACAGUAAGUUUACAAUGUCAUCGUCUCAUGUCACUUCGAAACAAAGACCCCUCUGAAUACCAUUCUCCCAUUGAAUUCCACUCGCAAUCAAACUCUGGGAAAAUAAAGAAAUCAUUUCCGAUAUCGCCAAAUUUAUGAGGACAAAAGUCAAAUCCACAGACUAUAAGGCAGGAUUUACAGGAGACCGAAUGUUUCUUCAGAUAUUGUCUUAUAUUCAUGUUAAACACAUCUCAGAUGUCAAUGGAAAACGAAAACAGCUAAGCAGAAUUACAAAGCACCUUUUUCGUAAUGAAAAUUGUGUAGAACAGUAACAACCGUCAUAGAACUUGGGUAAAUUUCACUAUCCACUGUACUUUAUACUAUUGAUACAGAUUUUGGGAAUAGUUUGAAGUACCCACUUCUUAUUACUUUUAAGGUUUUUGUUCCGAUGAAUGCAUGGGACCCUAUAAUAAUGUUUGAAAUCUUCCACCUAUAAGUUGGAAAACUUCUCAUAUAUACGGUGGGCCUUCUGCGUGACUUCAGGUUUGCAACCCCGAAACAGUAUGGCAGAAUGGUGUUCUUAGAGGAAUAAAUCGUUAAUAACACCUCUCAAAAUCCAAAGAAGAACGUUCAAAACCUAAUCUGUUGAAGUUUCAGCUCAGUGGAUAAUUACAUUUUUCGAGAAAACAGUGAAAAACUAUGCACAACUUCAAUCACGAAACAUCAUUUCGUCAAUAGCACUUUUUAUUUCCAAAAAGCGGUCAAGUGACUGAUCGUUGGAACAUUCUUGAUUUUUCUAAAUGACAGCAAACCAGACGGAAUAAUUUCACGGGGUUUUUAUAUAGUACUAGUACCAUCUUCAAUCCAAGUAAGCUUUUGGACAAUAAUUCGGUUGGUUACUUUUGGGAUAAAUGCAAAUGAUCCUGUAAUUAUGCCUUUACAUGUAAGAAGGGGUCUUUAUAUGCUGAAAUAGUUUUACAGUUGUUUACUCAUUAA